AAGUCUGGAGUCUUCAUGGACGGCUGCAGCAUUGAAAGGAACUAAACCACCAUGGGAAGCGUAGCGGCGGACGAUGAUGGCCCUGGCGCCGGCAGCAUGGGCCUGCAUGUUGGCGCUGUUGACAUGUUGAUGAUAAAUGUGGGCAUGGCGGCGGAGAGAGUCGAGAGAGUUGCUGAGCUCUAGCAAAACAAGUUGGGGAGAGGCCGUUCAGUUGUGAGUAUCUUCUGUUCCUAAGGGACAUGAAUCGCAGCAGCCCGGAGGAAGCAGAUGCCCUUUCUGCCAAGCUUCAUGGCCUGCUGAGCUCAUGGCGGUUCCCUGUCGGAGCCGGAAGACUCGAGGGUCGUCGGCCCGGCCACCGGCACCCCUGUUCGCUUUGCCAACGAUCCUUGUGGCUGUUAUAGUCUUCAUUCCUGUUGCAACUUUGGGGGGCAGGCCAGAUGCAGGGGGGUUGCAGCGUCCCAGGCGCAUUCUGGCUUCAGAAGACUUGGAGUCGGUAACUCCGGUUGCGCAGCUCGUGGGGAGGGUUUCCGAGGAGUUGACCGGGCAGACCGGCACGCUGAAUGCAACGGAUUUUGCCGCGCUCCUGGCGGUCCGAAAGGCAUGGAACCUUGACCCCCGCCUGUGGAAUGUGUCCGUGCCGCCCUGCGGGGUGGCCAACGGCACGCCUCCCUGGCCCGGCAUUCUCUGCAGCAUGGUUGGGAACGAGACGCGCGUCGUCUCCAUUUCCGACCCCCAUGUUGCGGCGGGGCUGUCUCAACCGCUGUCCGGAACCCUCCCUCCUGAGCUCGGCAACCUGGCCGCGUUGCAGGGCCUCUCACUCGACAACUCCAAGCUCUUCGGGACGCUCCCAAACUCUCUGCAGAACCUGCAGCGCCUGAAAGUGAUCCGCCUGUCGAACGCGUUCAUCUCAGGCCCCAUCCCCGCGGAGCUGAGCGCAUGUCAGAGCCUAACGGAGCUACACCUCGCGGGGAACUGCCUGAGCGGGCCUGUCUCGCCCAGCUUCGCACCGCCGCAGCUGGCCAUCCUGGAUGUGCAGGACAACUACCUGACGGGCCUGCUGCCGGAGACGCUCACGGGCCUCAUCAAAUACCCCGCUGUGAUUGCCAACAACUGCAUGGACCGCGACACCAACAAUGGCCAGCGAACCACAGACAAGUGCAACGAGUGGUACGCGCAGUUCCGCCCCGACCGGCGCAUCCUGGAGGGCAUUCGCAUCAGCUGGUACCCCCCCGGCUGGAUGACCACCGUCGACCCCUGCUCCAAGCACGGUUGGCCGGGGGUUACUUGUGACCCGGUUUAUAACACCCAUGUCAUCUCGCUUGAGCUGAGCAACUUCGACAUCGUGGGAGACAUCAAUGAGGUCAGCCUGGGCCAGUUAACCCACCUGCAAACCCUGUCUUUGAGCCGUAACCCAGGCAUCCAGGGCACGAUUCCGGAGUCCCUGGGCAACUUGGUCAACCUAACCGACCUGCACCUGGAUAACUGCGCGCUCAGCGGCCCAUUCCCCGACUCCCUGCUCCGCUCCCGCCUCGCAUGGCGAGCGACCAACGGAGCCGUCAUCAGCAACCUGACGUCAACGGCGGGGAAUGUGACAUCAGCGGCGGGGAAUGUGACGUCAGCUGUUCCCCGCGAGGCGCUUGUGCUGAACUUGGAGCACAACUGGCUCAACGGGACGCUCCCCCCCGCCCUGCUGGCCUCCCCGCUGGUGCGCUAUGGCCAGAACUGCAUGGGGGUCCCCUUUGCCCCGCUCACGGACCAGCGAACCGCCUCCGACUGCGCCAACUUCUACGCGCAAGUCAGCGUGACCCCCCGCAACGCGGGGUUUCUCCCAGAGACCUAUCCAUUCUACCCAAAACCCCCCCUGAGCACCCCCCCCCAGGGGCCCGCCUCGCGGCGGGGCCAGGUGGUUGCGAUCGACGUGAUGAUUGUGAUCACGAUCGGGGUUGCGACCGUCGUGUGUACAAUUGGCUUUUUGUGGUACCUGCGGCGCAAGCGGCGGAUCGACCACUGGCGGAAGCAGACGGGGGGGGAGGUGCCCACUGAGAAGUGGCAGCUGGAGGCCAUGGCCAUGGACGUGCCGCAGUACAGCGUCAGCAGGCUCAAGCUGUUGACCAGCAACUUUGCCGCCAAGAACUGCGUGGACGGUCGUCCCCUUCUCGUGGACCAGGAGGGCAACCAGGACACGUUCACACUGCUCGUCUCCAACAGCGGCAGCAUCCUGGAGCUCUUCUCCAACGCCAGCCCGAGCGAAGGGGGAUCCCUCUACACCGGCCUCGCGUCCAUGGGCGCCAUCCUCGUGCGACAGCUCCCGUCCCACGGCAAACGGAGCAAACUAGGGGCGGGGGCGGACAAGCAAAGCUUCAUGGCGACGGUCGGGUUGUUGAAAACGGUGUCCCACCCCAACCUCCCUCGGUUGACCGCGUGCCACCCUUCCAAGAACCGGGCCUGUUUCCUGGUGCAUAGCAUGCCUGGCGCGAGCAAACCGGUGAGCGUUCAGGCGAGACUUGCGGAGGGCGGGGAGCGGUUAAGCACGAAACGGGGGGGAGAGGAAGCCCCGGGACCGAGUGAGAAGCCGGGGAGGGCGCCGGAGGCAAGCAGUAAUUCCGGGAAGGUGAUGACCUGGGCGGAACGGUGGCGGGUCAUGAAGGACGUGGCGCUUGCUCUGGAGUACCUGCACGAAGAGCAUAAACCCGUCUUGCCGCAUGGGAUGGUUAACUCGUCCCGGGUGCUCCUAAGUUCGGACGGGCAGGCGUUUCUGGCCGACGCGGGGUUGAGCGGAUACCUAACCCAGCUCGCGAGCAUCGAGGGCGACGUUUUCGCGUUCGGCCUGCUGGUUUUCGAGCUUAUUCGGGGGCGCGGCCUUUCCACUAACGAAAACGCUAACCACCUAGUCAAGCGCGCGGUCAGCCUGUUAACCACGGGGCAUGCGUCCGAGUUGCUAGAUAAGCGGUUAGGGCGGGAGGGCCGGGAGGCGGAAUUGUCGGGUGCGGUCGCAGCGGCGGCCAUGUGUAUGCAAGCGGACGCUUUGGACCGGCCCAAAAUGAGCCUGGUCGUGCGGACAUUGCAACGGAGCGAGGAGCUGGCGCACGAGAUGGAGCACUCGGUGCUGUCGGGGCACAAUAGUCUCCACUCGGACGGCGCCCCCGCGCGCGACAUCACCAAGAUCUUCGAAAGCAGCACUGCGGCGCGGCUGAACGCUCUGGCCGGGACGGGGGGCGUGGAGAAAACCCUGGGUUUAGACCCCCCGCAGGUUAAGCCCGAGGUUAAGGAUGUAAUUCCCGGGUUUAUGAGCAAGGCGCCGAUCACGCUGGUGGGAGCGAGUUCGGUGUGGGGGGACAUCUUCAACGAAGAGGAUGUGGAAACGCUGGCGGAAAGGCUGGCAGAUCGGGGCGCUCCCCCAGGGGAGACGUCGGGGCGGGACGGGGUUGAGAAUGGGGUUAACGGAGGGGCUAGCCCGCAGGCGAAAGCGGAGAAGGCAGCGUCGGAUGAGAAGGCGCGGUCGGCCAAGUACCGGAGUUGGAUGAUGGGGGGGGAGCUGCAGAUGCAUCCCGAGCAUAUCAAAUUGGGGACACUCCUAGGACAGGGCUCGUUCGGGCGGGUGUACCACGCGGUGUGGCUGGGCACGGACAUCGCGGUGAAGGUGAUGAGCGGCGUGGAGGGCGCGGCGCUGGUCACCGUGUGGCGCGAGGUGGUCAUCCUGCGGAAGCUGCGCCACCCCAACGUCGUGCUCUUCAUCGGGGCCGUCGAGGUGCCGCAGUCGCGCGAGGUGUACAUCGUGACGGAGUAUCUGGCCCGCGGCAGCCUAUUCGAGGUGCUCCACCGAGACAGCAGCAAGGCCCCCAUCAGUUUGUCCCAACGGCUGCAGUACGCGCUUGGUGUGGCACGGGGCAUGGGCUACCUGCACCUCCAGGGGAUUGCGCACCGCGACCUCAAGACGGGGAACCUGCUGGUCGGCCUGGAUAACACAGUCAAGGUGUGCGACUUCGGGCAGUCCCGCCUGCUGAACACGACGUCGGGCAACAAGCCGCUGUCCACGCUGCGCGCGGCGGGCACCGUGUCGUACAUGGCGCCGGAGGCGUUCAAGGACCCGUCGCUCGUGGACGAAAAGGGUGACGUGUACAGCUUCGGGGUGAUCCUGUGGGAGCUCGCCACGCGGCGGGUCCCCUGGACGGGUGUCCACGAACCGCAGAUCAUCACGUCGGUCGCGGCCGGCAUCCGGUUAUCAAUCCCUGUGGACGAAUGGGAUCCCCGGUUGGUGCAACUGGUCAAAGACUGCUGGAAGCAGGAGCCGUCAGAGCGGCCGUCUUUUGAGCACAUCAUGGUCGUGCUCGAGCAGAUCCUAGAGUCGGUACAAGAGUAAAGCAGGCCUGCCGAAGGUGUAAAGGCGUUUUCACGAGCUUAAUACGAUGCCGUAGACUUUAGCUACGUUCACGCCUUGUGCCCAUUUUUUGAAGGGCACGAAUGCGGGCCUAGGGGUUUACGGCCCAUGCGCAAGGCGAUCAACGCUGGACAUUUCAGCAGUGAAUGUAGGAACUGACACUAGCCUAGUAGCCGGUAGGUUGCAACGACACUAGCGUUGAGCUGUAUUAUAGAUUGGCCCGGAGCACGCUCGAGAAAAACGUACCUGAAAAGAAGAGCUGGCAUCAGUGCGCAUUGCCUUAAAAACCAACUAUAAACUUGGAGGAUCGAUGCCUGUUGCCAGCCAGUCUCAUUGGACUAUUUUCUGCCGCCGCAUUUCAGGUUCAACCAACUGCACAUGCGCACUGGCAACGAUCGAACAGUGAAACAUGAG